UGGAACUGGGCAAAGAAUUCUAUAACAACAGCAGAUAGACUAAAGUUGUGGUUCGAAAAAGUUUUCGGGUGCCAGCAAAAUUAAGAUUUUCUACAUGCAAUACCUAUUUCAGUGACACAAAUUUGCAAAUGUGUAAUUUGAAUUAAUUUUUCUAGUUUUACUAACAUAACCCGAUAACAUAAAAAUUCUACUUUGCAAUUAUUUCUACUGUGUAAACAAAUUAAAACAAACCAAAGCUCCCAGAAGCAAAGAGUGCGUGUGAAAAAAUUUGAAAUAGGAAAAUCAUUUUCGAGAAUACAUCCAAGUAAUUGGAAUCAUUUUAUUAUUUUUCGGUCAUUUAAUAAGUUUUUAACGCCUGAAACAAAAAAAAUGCAAUAGAAUACUGCACGGAAAAAUUGAUACAUUGAAAACAUUUAAAUGAGAAAACAAUCGACAAAAGAAAAAUACAACAGAAAAUAAUUAUGUAAAAAAAAAACGCAAAAUCCAAGUAAAACGAUUUUUUCUCAUAGCGAGUGCCAACCAAUAAUUUGCAGAGAUAGAAACCCCAAGCAGCAAUAAAAGACCGAAGGGCUAAAUUAUCUAUUGUGUUUGUGCGGUGCAGUGAAAUAAAGUGCAAUAACAACCACAAGAAAUGCAAAAAAAUCAACAAAAAAAACGUUGAAUUUUGUAUAAUUAUUUUUGUCCCAUUAAGAAGAGUGGAAGAAGAACCCUUUCCACCAAAGGGGAGGAGAGAAAACGAGAAAAAACGGAACUUAACCUAAAAACGAUAAAAGAGCAACAACAGAAAAAAAUACGCCGAGAGGUGAGAGACAGCAGUAAACCGAAACAAGAGAGGCAAUAACAAAAGAAUCAGCACCGCACCAAACAAGCACACAUUCAGCACUGAGAGCCAAACCCUAGCAGCUGAAGUAGCUACACUCCUCCUCACCUCGUAUCAUCUGUACCAACUACAAAACCCACUAAGGCGGCAGGCCAAUAGGGUAUAAGAAGAGAAAGAAGCAGAACAAGAAGUAAUAAAAGAAGAAAAAGUACCGCAACAACAACAACAACAACAACAGCAGCAAACACUGUCAUUUUGUUGACGUCUUGGCUGAAACACAACAACAAAACAAUUUUGACUGUUUUUGUUUAAUAAUAGCCAAAUAAAAAAAAAACAGAAACAGAAACAAAACGCAGCAACAAGCAAGCAAGACAAACGGACGAGACUCAUACCAGCCAGAGCAAAGCAAAUUUGGAAGUAGCCCAAGCAGCAGUAAACAAACCAAAGUAGUUACUUAUUCCGUAAUAAUAAAUUAGAUCGUGAUCUGGCACAAUAUCCCUGCCCAAGUCAUACUAAGAAAGGAAUCAUCGUCCCAACUAAACGAGCGACCAUUAUCAUCCUCCUACCCCUCCAACAAAAGCAACACACAAAAUGGAUUCAUUAAAAUUAUCCAAAGGUUCAUCCUCUUCAUCAUCACAAUCAUCCUCAGCCAACAAUGCCUCCUCAUCAUCAAGCACAAAUAAAUCGUCAGCGGCGAGCAGUUCCAAUAAUAGCAGUAGCACCAGCACCAAUACCACAGUGCCCAUUACGGUGCGUUUCAACGCUGGCGAUGAAUGUAUCGAUGAUUUAUUUCAGUCGUUUCAUAAUGCAAACACUUCAUCACAAGGAGGUGGUGGUGGCGGUGGCGGCGGCGGUGGUGGUGGUAUUGGCGGCGCUGGCAAUGGUGGUUCAAAUACAAAUCUUACAGCCAGCGUUGCUGGAGUUGAUUCUCUGUCGACAAGUCCUUCACAGCAACAGCAACAACAUCAUCAAAUUGCUUUGAAUAAUCCCGAUGAGGUGAAUACCCGUAAUAAUUUUCUACAGGGGAAUUUUUUUAAUCGCAAAAGGUCCGGCAGCAUAGAAGGUGUAUCACCCACCUCGGUUGGACCAAAUUUAAUACAGGCCCUAUCCAACAGUGAUGCUUCUUCUAUGGGCACAUGGAAGAUGAUUAAGGGCAAAGUUUCACAAACCAUUGAAGAUAUAAAAUCAUCGAAAGGCAGUAGUCACACAUCGACGACUAUGACACCUCCCAUAUAUCCCACAGUGGUUAUCAAAGGCGGUGAACAUUAUCAGCAGACACCCACUAUUGAGUUUGAUUCCGAUCAGGAAACAAAAACUUCCAUAAGUGAAGAUCUUUCAAUGGAUCAUGAUCGUCGCAGUAGUGGCGGCAGCAGCAAACACAAGAGAUCCAGCAAACUGGAAGAUUCCGAUACAGAUUUCGAAAAUGAAAUACUGCUGGAGGGAGAUUCGGAACAUUCGCGUUUACGUCGUGGCAUAGCUCAUCUCAAGUCUAAAGUAAAAGCCAAGCAUGAGGCUCAUCAGGCCAAAAAGGCCACCCUAACCACAGCGGUGGGACCACCCACCGCCAUAAGGGGAUCAGUGAAGAAGGAUACAAGCCCCAGUAGAAGCACUGGAUCUUCGUCGUCUUCCACCUCGCUGAGGGGCACAUUUCUAAGAAGGCGACGCAAUAAGGGCGUGGAACAAGCCGAACAGGCGUCCCCCACAAAUAUAUCACCCAUUUCUGCUUUGGCUGCCACUGUGGCCAGUGGUGAAAUGGCCGCCGCCGUGCCAGUGGUGGUAAGUGGAAAACCUUCAAAGAAAUCCAAAUCUGUUAUGGAAGGCGAAAAGACCAAAAAGGAUAUAGAAAUUGAGUCUGGAGUUGAAAUGUUGGAGGACAUGAUACCACCGGUAGCCUCCAAUGCCACCGAUGACAGUGGCACCUCGGUGACUUUGCAAGCAAAACGUGAGGAACUCGAUUUGCCCAUUUCCCAGUUGACACAUUCCUCCCAGCACGAUGUUAAAGUUCUCUACGAAAAUAAUCCUGCCGCCAAUAUGACACCCUAUGACUCCUUGAUAUCUUCAACGGCUUCGCGUCUUCAACAAAAUGUUCCAUCGGCCAGUGGCAAUAAUCUGCGCAACUCCAUGGCCUUGAUAUUGGAUAGAGCCAAGUCUUUGCCCUUGCUUUCGAUAUUGGGUUUAAUAGCCAUCUUGGUGUUGCCCAUUAAUGAUUUUAUACGUGGUGUCUUUGCCUGCCUCUUGAGCAUCAGCAUUGUCGAAAGUAUUUGGCAAUUCAUACAGAGUGUCAUUGAAUACUUCACCAUAACCAUUAAGCCGGAGAAGAAAAUGUUUCGGGUUCCAGACUACAGUAAGAUGUCCAUAUGUGAGGUGCCAGCUGUGGAGGAAUUUAAAACAUACAAAUCGUAUGGGGGUUGGAUGAACGAAGUGGACAGUUAUGAUCCAAAUACCUUCCAUAUAUCAAUGACUCGUCCGGUUUAUAUAAAAUUGGAUGGUUCCAUUUUACAUAUCUCCAACACGAAUGCUCGCAUUCCGAAGCGUGCAAUGUGGAACGAACCACCUAUAGAUCGCAAAACUAUAGUUUUUACAACCCACCGUAGUUAUAAUUUGUUGGGUUGCCGCAUAGAGUUAUUACCCAUUGGUUUAGCUAGAAAGAGACAUUUUAAUCGUAAAUAUCCCAUACAACUGAUUGUGAAGCCCUGCAAAGAGAGUAAAUAUUCCAAUGAUAGUGAAUUACAAAAACAAUCAGCAAACAAACACCGACGAUUUAGUCGACAUCGAGCCAAGCAUGAGAAACAAGAAGCUAAAGAGACAUCCGAUGUGAAGCCAACACAGACGGAAACAGUUAAAGCGGAAGCGGAAAUUGAUUUUGCAGCCACAAUACUAAAUGCUGAUUUACAAAAAUUGCAAGAUGACGUUAAUCCAGAUGAAGAUUUAAAUGCUAUAACCGUGCCCGUAGGAGAUGAAGUUCGCAUAUUGCUAUUUGCUCGAGGAGCCAGAGAAAAAGAAGAUUGGUACCGCCGCUUCGUUUGUGCCAGCAAUGGUGAUGUCACCGAUCAGGAUCUACAUUUGACCAAUGUAAAGCUAAUCGAUGAUAAGGGCCUACAGGCUGCAGCCACCAAGGCUGCUCAGAUGUUAAUCAAUCCCAAGCCUAGAGAGAACUCCACUUCCUCGGCGAAAAUUUCCAUUCCGGAGUCUCAACAAUCGUCAUCUGCUCUUACUUUCAAUGUUGAAGAUAACUUUGAUGCUCCCGAGACCAAGGAAGAUGCCGCUGCUGAAAAUGAAGAUGAUUUUGUGGAUAUCAUGCUGGAGGACUCUGAAAACAUUGAGGGUCUUUUAAUGUCAGCUGGAGCUGCUCGGAAUGAUGCGGAUUAUAUAAAAUUUAUGUCUUUGUAUCAGAAAGCUUGUAGACAAUCCAGAAUACCAGUGUAUAAGGGAACCAUUUUCCCCGCAUCGCAUGAUAAGAGAAGUCGUAAACGUACGGUUCGCCAUGAAAAUGAACUGUGGAAGGGUAUCGAUCAGUCCCUGUUUUUGGGUCCCUGCGGCAGUGUGGUCUGGGCCAAUGUUUUGGUGGGACGCAUACUCUUCAGUUCACUACAAAACGAACCCAUGUUGGAGAAAUUGCAAGACAUUUUGCAAAAGAAAUUAAAUUCCAUAAAGCUUCCCAGUUUCAUGGAAGAUGUGAUCAUCAAAAACAUCGAUUUAGGCGAUAAACCCCCCCUAUUGCAUCGUGUCUCCCAGCCUCUGUUAGAUGAACGUGGCCUCUGGCUGGAUAUGGAUGUCACCUAUGAGGGCAUGUGCCAGAUAACUGUUACCACCAAACUGAAUUUGUUACGUUUGAAACGUCCUGCACGCAGUAGUGCCUACAUGCCCGAAUCCAAUUACAAUUUAUCUGCACAAAUGCCAAAUGCCCAGUACUCGACAUUAUUGAAUAAUGAUUUGGCCUCCGGAACGAGUAGUAAUAAUGGCGGUGGGGGUAAUGUUGCGCGUGAUGAUGAGCUCCUGCCCCUUGAUAUACCAUUAGCGGGUGGUGGUAGUGCUAUCUAUGAUAGUGAUGCCGAGAGUAUCGGCAGUUCGAGUACCGAAUCAGAAGGUUCCGUAACCGGUUCAUUGGGUGAAAAUCCUAAUAGUGUGGGUGAGGGCUCCAAUCCUGGCAAUGCGAGACGCAUUUUUAAGUUUGUCGAUCGCAUAGCUACUUCCAACUUUUUCCAAUAUGCCACGGAAUUGUCUUAUGUGCAAAAGGCCAUGGAGAACAUGAGCACCACCAUAACAUUGGGCAUCGAUUUGCAUGGUCUGGUGUCGAGGGUAACCGUAAAUAUACCACCACCGCCUUCAGAUAGAAUAUGGUUGGCGUUCCGAGCACCACCUCGCCUUUGGCUAACAGCACGACCUACAGUGGGCGACAAAUCAGUCGAUUGGUCGAUAGUCACCAAUGUCAUUGAAGGCAAACUCUGUGAGGCUGUCAACAAAUAUUUGGUCUAUCCCAAUAUGGUCGACUUAACAGUGCCGCUGUUGGGGAAGACUGCACCCACGGAAUGAUAGACUUGAUCAAAGAUCUCCAGUCAAAGAUGUUUCCACAAAAGCAGGAUCUUCAGUUUUAAGUUUAUUUUUAAAACAAAAACAAAAACCCGAAACAAAACAUACAUUUAUCCUUGUAUUUACUCUAAUAAUUUCUAUGAGAAAAAAGAAAAUAGAAAAGAAAACGCAUCUAUUGUUGCAAAUAUGUAUUUAUUUUUGUAAUGUAACUUUAAAUUGAGAAAAUAGUUGGACUAUUUUCGAAACAAACUUAAAAUUCCUUUUCCUUAAAAUUCCAAGUAUUAAAAACGAAAAAACCAAGAACCUAAACGCAAAAAGACACAGGAGGAGGAGAGUGAUGUUAUAUUUUUAAAUAUUUACUAACAAACAUACACAUAUAUAUAUAUAUAUAUUUUGUCUCAGUGUAAUUUACAUGGAUUUUUUUUAUACCCUCACACAGACAGACAGACAGACCUACACAUACAUGUAUUAUCUCUAAUAGAGUUUAAACAUUUAUGUAUUUAUUGCAAUUUUAGUUUAAUUUUUGUACUAUUUAAAAACAAAACCUUAAAUAUAAUUAUUACACCUACUAUACAAUA